UUUCUCGACACCGUAACCUUUGACCCUUCGGCGGUGUUCAGAGCCCAAGACUUGAACACCAUUCGCACCAACAAUUCGGAGGUGUCAGUGUUUGGAAAAGAUAACCGUCUUCCUCCACGGAACAUCUGUCAACACCUGUACAAACUGACUCCCCUCGGUCCUCUACAAACUUCCAGAGGGGUCAGUCUCUGCACUGGUGGUGCAGACGGAGAACUUUUGGGAAUGAGAACUGAAAGAAAACUUGUGCGAAUGUAACCAGUUCCAAAGUUGUUUUAUCAACAAAUAGGCUGCGACCAUUUUAUUGUGGAACCAGCAUCUGCAAAUUUUUGGGAAAUUCUAGGUUUGGUAUAUACAACUUCUUAUAUACUAGAGACGG